AUGCUCAAUUGUCGGGUAGCACCUCGAAUAUACUCACGGUUGUCGCUUUGUGCUCGUAUUGUUUCUGUGGAGCGGCCUGAUUUGCUUCCCUUUUCAACGACAACUAAACGAAAACUCAGCAAAAAGCCUGACGAUGACAGCAAGAAACCUGACGAUGACAUGGCGAAGGAAUUGGAACGGCUCAAUGAAGAGUUGAAGAAGGACUUUGAUUCGAAGUUAAAAAACAACGAAGAAGAAAUCGAUAAGAACUUCAUGAACUUCAAAGCGAAAUCCGAACGUGAUGCUUACCAACGAAGCAAAAGUAUGUUCAGCUGGAAGGUGGCUGCUACAACGUUAGGAAUUGGUGCAUCCUGUCUGGCAGCACUUUUUUAUAUCCGUAAAAUUAGACUUGAAGAACGCGAGAAGCAUUUGAAAUAUUUGGCUGGAAAGGCACGAAUUGGUGGCGAUUGGGAGUUGGUCAAUACUGAAGGAAAAUUGGAGGGAUCAGAACAGUUAAAGGGAAAUUGGCUGCUCUUAUACUUCGGCUUCACGCACUGCCCAGAUAUUUGUCCAGACGAGAUAGAGAAAAUGGUCAAGGCACGUCGAUUUUUUCUUUUCCCUCGCCGAUGCCGAGUGGACAAGCCCUUGAUCCUCGCGAGCAAUCUAUAUUCUUGUCAUAUCGGGUGGGAUGUCGCAUCCGCUUACGCUCAUCACAUAUCAAAUGCUUUUGACAAAAGUGUUCCCAUCUAUCCAUUCGGAGCCCUGGCGGCUUGCGGAUACCGGCUGAAGGUUGUGGACAUCCUCGAUGCGAAACCAGAUAAGGAGAAAACACCUAUAAAGCCUAUUUUUAUAUCUGUCGAUCCGGAGCGCGAUACAGUUCAGAGAGUGAAAGAAUACUGUGCUGAGUUUUCACCAAAACUAAAAGGCUUCACUGGAUCAGUAGAACAGGUGAACAAAGUCGCGAAAACGUUUCGGGUAUAUCACAGCCAGGGGCCUCGUACUGGAAAAAAUAAGGAUGAUUAUAUUGUUGAUCAUACUGUCAUCACAUAUCUCAUCGAUCCUGAUGGGCUCUUCCAUGAUUACUACGGUCAGACAAGAACAGCCGAAGAGAUCGCCAAUGUUAUUGAAAUGAAAAUGCUCAAGUAUCGUGCUCAGAACCGCAAAAAUAUUCUCGGAUUUUAUCGAUUCAUUCUUGAUCGCGUUUAUGUGGUUCUUCUUCGAGUAAUAAUCGCUAAACCUAGAUGGCUACUCAACAACUUCCAAAAUCGGAGUUCGUCGUCAGAGUACCAAAGGAUUCCUGAUUACAGAAGAAACGAGAACAAGCGGUACUCUGUACUGAAAUUCAACGGCAUGGACAGAGUGGACACCUCGAAGUGGACCGUAGAGAGCAUGGUUCACAUGGAAAGGGAAGACAAUAAAAAUGUUACCCUCAGCACCCAGACUGUACAGGAGUAUGGGGAGGGCUCCGAAUACGGCAAAGCAGCUCGAGAGGAAGCUCGCCGGAAAAAGUAUGGACGUCAAGCGAAGUCGUAUAAGCUUGACAACCAACCAUGGCAUCUCUCUUUUGUGGAGCCAGAUGGACGUACACGCAAAAUGAAGAGCAUACGAGAAGGCGGCGCUGGCGAACACGCCGAUUAUUGGGUGUUUCUGAAAUCUGGUGAGGAGUUCUUGGCGUAUAAGGUAGAUGAUUGGCACAAGUUUUUGCCUGCAAUCACUCACAAAACACUAGAUAUCGAUCAAGCUGAAGAGAAAUUCCUUGAAAGAAACAAAGUAAUGAAUCAGUUUGCAUUGAAAGCCCAGAUCAUGAGUCAGUUGAAAACUGGAGAGGAAGAUGGUGAGCAGUUGGAGAAGCCAACUCGUUCUUUGAAAAUUAAAGACGGCUACAGUUCGGAUGAGUCAGAUGGUGAAGAAGAUGAUCGCAACGACGAGGAUGGAGCAUCCAAGAAGAAAGACGGUGUUUCUAAGAAGAAGAAAGCACACGAGAAACCGAAGAAGGAUAAACGUCAGCGAGUAGAAAACGGUGACGAAAUUGCAAAAUAUGAAUCCUCUGACGGUGAAGAUGAAGGCAGAGAAUAUGAUUACAUGUCGGAUAGCGGUUCAGAUUCAGAGUGA